GCGCUCUCAGACGCUGUGCCUAGACCUGAGCGCGCCGCCGGGCUGCCCCCGGACGGAAUAACCAUGCCGCGCGACCGAUGACGCAGACGGCUCACACCUAGCCACCAUGCGUCGCCUCUGGGCCCUCCUCUGGCUCGCCACCGGCGCCUGGGCCAUUUGCCACGACGCCACGGUCACAGCACUGACGGGCCGCCUCAACCUCGCGACGUAUAUCGAGGGAGGACUCGACCCGGGCGACAAGUGCACCUACGCCAUCAAGCCGAGCAGUUCCAGUUCGAUGCAGACGCUCGUGCUCGUCUUCGAAGAACUGCAAUGUGACGGCUGCGAGAUUUUCAUGUACGAGGGCGAGGAGCGCGUGAGCGAGGCGCAGCUGUGGCGGUGUGUUUCUUGUGGGGAAGUGCUGCCGCCGCCGUUUUACUUAACAACGAAGACCGCUGCUCUUAUCACCUUUAGCGCCCCGAGAGGCGGCGCUUCCGGCUUCAAGAUCAGGUAUCUGGCCCACACGGACGACAUGGGCGAGCGGGCGGACGGCGAGACCUACGAAGUCGAGCUCAAGAUGGCGCAAGGCCUCAUGAUAGCCCCGCAGACGGCCAGCGGCAAAGCGCCCCGACCCUUGUUGUAUGAUUGGAAGAUCAAUCCUAAAGAUUGCACGGAGUGCGACGUGGCGGUCUAUGUGGAGGCCGCCACGUUACGCGAGGGCGACACCGUCACGGUAAGCGACGGCGAGGGCCUGCUGGCACGGUGGACCCACGCCGAUUUUCCAGAGCAGUGGGUCUAUGGUCGAAGGGGCAACGUCAUGGUGCAACUUUCAGCACCGGGUAGCGCUUCGGGCAGUGCCGAGGACGAACCCGAUUUCAUAUUUCGGGCGCGGUACGUCGCGGCCGGCGCCGACGCGUGCCACGUCGGGAGUUAUUGUAGUUGUGGAGAGCACGGGGCGUUGGAUGAGGUUUCGUUGGCUACGGCACCAUCAGCCUUGUUAACAGAUGGUUCCUCCGCCACAGGAAAUAUGCUCGGCCCCGACGCGUGCGAGUGGCUGGUCGCGCCUUCAUUGUUGGAUCAUUCAAUACAAUCACUAACGUGGCCGCCACCCUCGCGCAGCGACUGGACGCCGUCCUUAAUCUUCGUGGCCGAACGCGUGUCCGUAAAAUACGAAGGUAGUGUGAAAGUCUACGACGGGAACGGUGAAAACGCUCCUCUCCUCUGGUCCUGCGCCGGCUGCCAGUUCACGGCGCCGCCUCCCUUAGAAGCGUCGGGCGACGCGUUGUACGUCGAAUACGUGUCCGGGAGCGGCUCCGCGUACUACACGGACCCCGUGACCGAGGAGGCCAGCGAGUGGACGGGCUGGCAGGCCAUCUACUGGACGGAAACUACGGACUGGGACGCCGGUGCUGGUUCUAAAAAAGUAGAGCUCGUCGGUGGCGCGGCGACGUCGAUCCGAGCGCCGCAUAACUGGAAGGGGAGUCUCGAUUAUAGGUGGGUCGUACAUCCAAAAGUGUUUGGCGGUUCUAUAGACUUUUUGGCGAUCGCCUGGAACGCGUUAUCCCUCGAUUGCGGCGACGUCGUCGAGGCGUACGGCGGGGCGGUGAGCGACGACGAGGCGACGUGGGCCCUCGCUUAUCAGGAGGCGGGGUCGCCCCCACUCCUCAAGACGUGGGACUGCUCGUCCGACCUGCAGGCCUGGUUGGUCGCGGACGCCUUCACGGCGCCACCUGCUUCUGAUGGCAUUACUUUACGAUUACUCUCCCAGUCGACUUCCGAGGGCGGCGCCGUCGACUUCGCGUACUACAGUGACGCGCCAAAGUACCGCUGCGGCCACGUGCGCGAGCCCGGCGUGCUCACGGCGGCCUCCUUCGUCUUCGGCGACGGCUCGGCGCCGGCCGACGCCAUGGCCGCCUCGCUGCAGUGCGAGUGGCUCGUACGACCGGAACCCAUUGUCUCAGCUAUCAGCCUGGCGUUCUACCGCGUCGACCUGGGCGGCGGGCGGCUCCGGAUCUAUGGAGGUGCAAAUGCAACCUCAACCUUACUCUGGGACUGCGCGGGCUGCGAGGAGAUCCCGCCCAUCUUACACGCUUCAUCACAUGCAUUGUACGUCACGUUGGAAACGGAGGCGGAGCCCGACGGCCUCGGGUUCGAGGCACGCUACUACGCCUCCUUCACAGAAGGCAGAGGCGUCGGCGACGGCGAGAUGCGGCUCGCCGCCGCCUCCGCACCAUCCGUGCGCGCGCCCUACGUCGGGGACACGCUGGCGUCGGGUUUGGAUCUCAACUGGCACGUCGACGUAGGGGGCGGUUCCAACGUCUUGCUCGUGGCGAACGCGAUUGACAUACCGGACUGCGCCCAGGGAUCUUUAACAAUCUACGACGGCAGCGUGUCCAACGACGCCAUCCUGGACACGUUCUGCGGUAGUACUUCCACGAAGUGGCUGGCCUCGAGCGGGCCCGAGAUGAUUUUGAGGUUGCAGACCUUUACGGAAAUAGCGGGCCGCGGCUUCGACGUGGCCUACUUCUCGGACCGGCCGCAGCAGGGCUGCGGCGCGCACCUCGUGCCCCUCGCGCCCCUGACCGGUGAUGAUCAACAGUGGUGGGCCUCAUCAUCGUCGCAGCAGCGUUCUGUGUUAAGAGCGUCGUCGUUCCUGUUUAGCGACGGCUCCGCGCCGGACGCGGCCGCGCGGCCCUCGCAAGACUGCGAGUGGAUCUUGGCGCCGCCGGUCACGGCGACGACGCGCGUCGUCGUCGCGUUCCCGCGCUUGGAUUUAGGUGAUGCGGGGUCCUUCAACGUGACGCAAGCGGACACGGGCGCCGUGCUCUUCUCCUGUAGGGCAGGCGGCUGCGACGCGCCGCCGCCACCUUUAUCCGUGGCCUGUGGGUCAUUGGCGUAUGCCGACCGAUGCGCGAUCCGCGUGGCCUAUUCCACGUUAGAGGGUUCCGACGACCUGGAUUGGGGCACGGGCUUCCUGGCGCACUACUUCGUGGCCUCUGCGCCGAACACGGAAACGGACAAGGUCCUGCUCCAGACGCCGGGGACCGACGAGGGCUUCGCCGCCGCUUCUGAAGACGGGCCCGAGGACGCGCACAUCGCGGGGCCCGGGCUUGCGGCGGGCAAGGCGCUGCCUCGUUUGACAAUGUGUGGAAAUCAAAUUUCGCACGCCCCACGCCAUCGACGCGACGUUGUCCCCGUAACUGCGUCUGCUCCUUGGUGUAGAGGUUCACGACCUAACUCACUGGUUGAUUUCCACACAGGUUUGACGGCCGCGUGGCGGGCCGAGCUCGCCCCGGAGACGUCUCUCUCGGUGCGAAUGGACGACCGGUUGGAAGUGGUCCAGCAGCGGCAGGUGGACUUUGUGGACGGACACGCCGCGAUACCGCCCCGCGCUUCACUGGAAACGGAUAUCCAGCGCCACUGCGGCACGGUCAACGCGCCCGCCGUGCUCGAACGCCAUCGGUACGCGCUCCCUUCCGCGAGCGACGAGCUCACGUACACGACGUCUUCUACGACAAAGGCCUGGGCGCUGGGGCAGGGCAACGCGACAUUGGCGUACCCCGACUGCGGCUGGGCGGCCUCCGCGACCGAAGCCGUGACUUAUGUGGACGUGUCCUUCGACGCGCCGCUCCAACUGCGCCAGGGCAUUAGUUUCGCCGUCUACGGCGGCGACACGCCCGCGGGCCAGCUCGUGUUCCUGUGCGAGGACUGUCGAGAUAAAAUCUCGGGCGCGGAGUGUUGUACACGCACUUUACGACCUUUACGCAUCUUCUGCGGCAGGGUAUUAACGAGGCUCUACGUGAACGUCGGGACGAACCUCCAGAACACAACUGUAAAUGUGCGCUUGACGGCGGGACCCGCGCGUGAAAGUAGGCCGUACUGGGAGCUCUGCUGGGACGACCCCUUGUACGGGUCCCAGCCUGUGAAAGAAAAACAGUACAGGAUGCCCACGGUGGUCAUCGUCGUGCUGGCGGUUGGGGGCUUCCUCGCGCUGGUCAUGGGCGUUUCCGGGGGUAUUGUCUUCCGGGGCUCGGCGGAAGAUAGGAGGAAGCGGCAGCGCAUCGCCGUCGCGCGCGGCAGAAAACAGUGGGCCCCAAGGGCGGUCGAGGCCGCGGCCGUUGCACCCAAACUGGACCACGCAAGGCACUACGGGCGGCUCUUCCACGAGGUCCAGAACCGCCUCUUCACGAAAAAGGGGAGCUGUUGCAUUUGUUACGCCGAGGACAAUGCUGUUAUACAUCUCCAGUCGUGCAACCACGACGUCUGCGUCGGCUGUAUGCGUAGCUACUGCCACGCUGCGUUAGGUGAUAUCUCGAUGUCUCUACCUGUGUGGAAAUCACCCAUUGAGUUAGCUUAUCCGGAGAGUUAUUGCGGGAGAACUUCGUGAACCUCGACGCCAUCGAGCAGACGCGAUUACAUGGGCGACGUGGCGUCUAUGGCGUAACAGUUCCACGCCAUCGAGUAGACGGAGUCGUCGGGAUGUCAUCGGGAUGUGUCGCGUCGAUAGCGGGGCGCCCAAAUUUGAUUUCCACACAGGUUUCCCCUUCGCUGUCCGAUGCAUCACGCCGGCUGCACCACAAAUAUAUCUGAUUUGCAUGCGCGGCGCGUGCUCGGGCGGAAGGAGUACCGCAAGUUCGUCGAUUUUUAUGAUAGAUCCGUGCUCGGUGAAGGUAUACAUUGUUUGAAGUGCGGCAGCUUCGUGAACUUACCUAGAGACGGCGACCCCAUGGUGCAGUGCCCGUACUGCGCCUAUAGAUGGUGCGUCCGCUGCAAGUGCCCGUGGAUCCUGGGCGGAAAUCAAUUUUCAUUGCGUCAUCGACGCAACCUGACUCACCGGUUGAAUUCUACGCAGGUGGCACCCGAAUAUCAAGUGUAGCGAGCGGGCCGACGUCGAGGUGGAGGAGUGGAGAGAACAGCAUGGCGCGCAGCGCUGUCCCGGUUGUUUCAAGCUGUGUGGAAAUCAACCAGUACGUCGGGUUCACGGCUGUGCUGGCUCCGUCGAGCGGUGAGGAACUGGCACCUCCACGCCGUCGAGCAGCUGUCGCGAUGGCGUGGAGUCGAGCGCGUCGCGAAUUUUGAUUCCACACAGGUUUUAAAGUGAUAGAAAAGGAUGACCCCGAGUCGUGCAAUCAUAUGACUCACAAAUCAACGGACGUGAUGCCUUGUACACGCGAACGCACGGACUUCUGCUAUUGCUGUGGCGUCGAAAUUUCACCCGACUAUCCCCACGCCGAACUUGAUAAACCAGACAUACCUCACUUCCCGGACGGAGUGUUUCAAGAUUGUAGAGCAGUGCAACUGGGCUAUGCUACCAUGGUGCAAAAGAGAAGGCUCACAGGCCGUAGCGGGCGCCGACGACGAGACGUCGCGCCCCUCGAGACUGAUGCCACGGCCGGAUUGUUUGGUGCGUACUUUGGAAACGCCCAAUCGCCGAUCCAGGGCGAAGGCUUCGCCGACGAGACUCCCGCUGAACGACGCAGACGUCGACGGCGCCAGCGCCGUGAGGCGGGGGACGACGGCCGGCCGCGGCGGCCGCGCAGCGCCACGGGAUCAGGCUCAGGGUCAGGCUCAGGGUCAGGCCGUCGCCGCCGGCACUUCGAGUCGCCUUAGCUUAUUGAUGCUGUGCGGUCGUGUCUCGUGCCACGUCCGCGCCGCCGGGCGAGACUGCGAAGCUUACUUGCUUCUCUUGUAACAUAUAUAUAUUGUGUGAA